CUUUCACUUCUCCUGCUGGUUAUAUUCAGUGGGCCAAUUAUUCAACUGGCUAUUUGCAGUAAAAUAUCAGAGCGCUUAAAAUAAAUGCUGGGUUUCAGGCUGCUAUAAUGAGUGAAGACUCUUCUGAAAACAAUGAAGGAAGUCUAGACAUCUGUACAGUAGGAAAAGAAGAAGAAGGAAAACUGGCUCAAGGGCUUCUACCCCGAAUUCCCAGCUCUCACAAAACUGCCAAAAAGGGUCUUCCUGUGAUUGUGGAUGAAGGAAGACUUCUGGAUAAGCCACCUCUGUCAUACAUAGCUUUGAUUGCAAAGGCGAUACUUUCUUCCCCCACAAAUAAACUGAAUUUAGCUGCUAUCUACAAAUAUAUUGAAGAUAAUUUUCCUUUUUACAGGAACAAAGGUCGAGGUUGGAGGAACAGUGUAAGGCACAACCUUUCACUAAAUGAUUGUUUCAUCAAGGUGGGAAGAUGUGAGGAUGGCAAAGGAAACUACUGGAGUAUUCACCCAUCAAACUUAGAUGACUUCGUUCAUGGGGACUUCAGGCAACAUCGAAGGUCACGAAAGCGAGGGCACCAAAAGGAGGUAAAGCACUGCCUUGCUGUGAAUUAUUUCACACCAUGGGAACUCUCUCCUUCCUGCCCAGCACCAAAUUGGCUUUACCAAACACAUUAUUUUCCGAAUCCACUGUGGAAACUUCUAUAUGCUGACAGACUGCAGUUUGUGCAUGAAUACCAGAAGUGGAAUGUAAACAGUGAUUUAAUCACAGGGAAGUUUUCACCUCAAUUACAGACUGAUAAACCCCACAGCACUUCUGGGGACUGGUUUUAUGGAUCUCCUGCCACUUCAUUUAUGCAGCAGAAUAUUUUCUUAAAUAUUCAACCAGGUUUCCCUAACUCCCUUUUAUUCUUUUCUCAAAAACAGCACCAAACUGAAGCAUUCAGACACAUCUGUAAGUACUAGAAAGUAUUUGAAGUGCUUGAAUAACUUCACAGGUAUCUUGGGACUCUGUCAAGGUAUAUAUGUUGCACAAUUUUGAAAUUUUGUAUAUGACAGCAGAAGAGUUUGCUUACUUAUAUAAUCCAGCGAUUAUCCAUGAUUAUUACCUAAUGUAUUAGCUUUGAAGCCAUAACAAUGACUUUUUAAUAAUUCUGCUAGUCAAUGGCCAUGCAUAGAUUACUUCAGUAUAAAAGCAAAUCCAUCAGCACUGCCUAAUGAAAUUAUUUUUAAAUUGUUCUCUCUUAAUCAUAUUAUUGUAUACUACUUCUAUUGGAUUCAAAUUAAUACACAUGUAUGUGUAUUUAUAACUAUAUGUUCAAAUAUGUACAGCCAUAUAUUUACUUUUUCACUAUCUUGAAUAGAAAGGAUUAAUACAUUUUUCCUUUGUCAUUUGAGAAUGUCUUUGAAAUUAGACUUGUCAUCUCCCAUACUGCCGGCAAUACUGAAUUAUUCUUCUACUCAUUUAAUAUUAUACAUUGGUUAGUACUCACUAGACACUAUUAAUUCUAUUGCAUUGUAUUGAUCAAAAUGUAUGUUUGUACUUUUAUAUAUCUGUACCUG